AUGGAGCCAUCCCGGGAGCAGAUGCAAAGUUCCGAGGCGUCCAGCUCUACGCCUUCCGGAGACCCUCCGCCGGUGAAGGGGUUGUCGGUUCCUGAGGUCCUUGGCGUAGAGGGUGGCAUCUCGGACACCAGGACCCCUGACGCUCAGCUCGAGGACAGGCCCCUGUCACAGCAGGAAGAGGCGGUUCUCCCGGAGCUGGAGGAGCUGCAGGAAUAUCGCCGCCCUCGAGCGCGCUCCUUCUCUUUGCCGGCGGACCCCAUCCUGCAGGUCGCUAAACUCCUGCAACAGCGGCAGCUGGCUGGGCAGCCUGGCGCGGAGGGUGGCAAGCUGUCCCGGGACUGCUGCUCCAAGUGCAAGAAGCGCGUGCAGUUCGCGGACUCUCUGGGGCUAAGCUUGGCCAGCGUGAAGCACUUUAGCGACGCGGAGGAACCGCAGGUGCCGCCUGCCGUGCUCUCCCGGCUCCACAGCUUCCCGCUGAGUGCCGAGGACUUGAAACAGGUAGGGGGGCUGCUGGCGGUGGCAAAAGUGCCGGUUCCCCUCUGGCCACCGCGUGCCCAGCUCCGACCCCUCUUCCAGCUCCCGGGGCUGAGCGUUGCGGAAGAGCGUCUGAGGCGACAGCGAGUGUGUCUGGAGUGCGUGCAAUGUUCCCAACCGCCCAGUGCGGAGGUGACCGGCUCAGGCCGGGUGAUCAGCUGCCCGGGACCCAGAGCAGUGGCGGUGCGCUACACCUUUACGGAGUGGCGCACCUUUCUGGACGUAUCGGCCGAGCUGCAUCCUGAGUCACUGGAGCAGGGGCCUCCUGUGAGGUUCGAGCAUUCUGGACCAGGUGCUGGGGAUAGUAAGGAGCAGCUGGCGACCGAGCGCUUCUGCUUCUCGUUGUGCCUGCCCCCAGGUCUGCAGCCCAAAGAAGGCGCGGGUGCAGACCCGUGGGAUGUCGCGAUCCAUUUUGCUGUCUGCUACCGCUGCGAACAGGGCGAAUACUGGGAUAAUAACGAGGGGGCCAACUACACCUUGCGCUAUGUGCGCUCCGCAGACCCUCUCUGAGAC